AUGGGAGAGAAAUAUAGAGAUAUCGAAAAUGAUAAAAGAAUACAAAACUAUUCAGAACAACUAGUAACGAAAUUGAACCAAUACGGUGUAACAAAAUACGAUCAUUCUCAAUUUAAUGUUCUCGACAUUGUUGGAAAGAGUAGAUCAGCAAUUGUAUAUUCUGCUAUUUUUCAAGGGAAAAAAUAUGCACUGAAAUGUUUAAACAAUAAUCUUUGCUUAACCGCACAAACAUUUAAGAAAUUUGUUCGCGAGGAUAUUAUCUCUUCAACCAAAAGCAGCUGGUGUAACACUGGUUCCAGAUUUCGAUUCUCCUCUGAGACGAAUUCAACAUGCCAAAAAUCAUUAAAAUUGGAUCGAUUUCUCUGUAACCAGAUUUUAGGCUUGCUGCAUUCGUCUCAGCGAAAAAUCGAGAUUGAAGUUGGUGUUACAGUAGCUGCUUUGGUUAAAGAGAUAAUAUUCUGUGGAUCUGAUAAUGAUUAUUUGAUUAUUGAUAAAAUAAUCGAAGAAUACAAAAUCAAUUUUUAUAAUUAUAAUGAAUUUAGCAAUAGUAAAAAAAUUGGUGAAGGUGGAUACGGCUGGGUUGAGAAGGCCGAGUGGAAAGCUUGCAGUUCGACAGUUGCCUUAAAGAGUCUAAAAAUUAAACAGAAUUCAAAUGAAAACCUGGUCAAGAAAUUUGCUAGAGAGGCGUUACAAUCUGUAGAUGCAUCUGCACUUUUAUCAAACCAUCCUCAAGUCAAACCUUUGAAUAACCAACUAGAUUUCCAAAGCCUCUCGAAACUUAAUACUUGUGCAAUUUCAAAACAAUUGGACACGGAACAACAACACGUGUAUUUUCAGCCAUCUUCCAGGGAAAGAAAUCCACAAACGAAUAAAAUUGUGAUAGUGCUACAAUUAGCCAACAAUGGAAACCUACAAGACUACUUAAAAGGAAAACGACAAAAUGGAAUUUUUAAAAUUUCUUGGGCCAACAUAAGCCGAAUAGCAAAAGAAAUAACUUUUGGUUUACAUCAUUUGCAUAUUAACGAGAUUGUUCAUCGGGGUCUGGAUGACAUUGGACCUUAUAUUGCUAAGGGCAUUCGAGAGAAAAUAAUUCCAAACACACCACAAAGUUAUGCGAACCUUUACGUAAAUUGCUGGUCUUCUGAUCCGGACCAACGACCUCCCCUAUAUAAAAUUUUAAAUGAUCUUAUUAAAAUGUCAAAAAUGCCUGUUGAAUCUAAGUUCAUUAUAAAUUAUAUUUCUGAAAGCGAGAAAACAAAAUCUAAUCAAAUUCAGCAAAUAAAUGAAGGUCUGCAUCUUACAUCUGAUACGAUUGAUUCACCUUACUGCAUAACUAAAUCAGUUACAAAUAACAAUUUACUUAACAAUUUACUUAAAGUUUUUUAUGACUCAACGAACCGUGGAAAUACAUUUACACAAAUUUCAAAAAUGAUAAUAGAUAUUAUUGAAAACAAUAAUCGGACUCCAAAAAACUAUUUUAUUUAUAUUAUUGGUCUUGACAAGAAUCAGAAUCUUAAUUCAGAUUUGCAAUGUCUUCUUGGUUUUAUUUAUUUAAUGGGAAUUGGUACUGAUGAAGAUUCUAAUGCAGCAUUCAAGUUGUUUUAA